AUUGAUAUAUUUCAUAUAUUCAUAUCCAGAAUUUUAGAUAAAAAAACUUCACAUAUACAGUAUAAAAAUAUAUAUGCGGCGCCGAUAAUAACUGGCUGAUCGGGCGAUCGGUUAAUUAGUUUUAAGGCUGACACGACACACCUCCGAAUGAAAAUUUGUGCAAUUCCUGUAAUCUUCUACUUCAGAUCUAGGUUGAUUCGUCUCUGUUGCAACCCACACGAAUAUCCUCCGCAACGUGUACACUUGAGCGAUGAGUGUUCACGAAAUUGAGAAUGUACGUGCAUAUGCAUUGUUAUGGCUAAAGCUCAAAACAUGUUCAAAUUUCGUCGGCGAAAAUCCGCUCGCAAAAGUGACAGAAAUUUACAAAUUACAAUUAACAUUCCUCAGCACAAGCCUCUCUCUUUGGGCAAAUAAAUAUUUAAAACGCAAGAUUUGCAAAGUAAAUGCACACUUGGCAACGCACGUUGUAUUUAUAGUCUCGUUCAUCCAAUGUACUGGAAAUCUCUUAUUUCAUUUCUUGCACGAUUUCUUGACUGAAUUAUAUUGUUGACGAUGUGUGUGACAUAUGUAUGCUUUUGAAUCAAUUGAUCCAUUUGUGCAUUUCUUGUUUUCAAGAUGACACGAAUGUCAGUAAUGAGUUCGGACGAAUUUCAGAGAACCGUGACGACAAUAUGCGCGGCAUUGCUCACAAAAAACGACGAGACGAGCCGGGGAACGUAGUUUAUUAUCGCUGCAAUCAAGACAAUUACCAAGCACGUAAAGUCCGGCGUUCCCUCAUGCCUCUAUUUUCGUAGGAACGCGGUCAUUAAUAAAGUUCUUGCGCGUAACAAUAAGCUAAACAUGAAAAAGGACAUAUCCUCGCGGCUAUUUUCAGCACGGAAUAACUAUUCUUAGCCGAGGGCAAAGUGCUUGGUCUUUCGGUCCAUUUAAUGGGAAUUACAUUAAUGAACAUAAUUACUGAACGCCAGAGAAACACAAUUAUUAACAUUAUAUCCACGUACGUCACAUACGUCGAAACUGGAAUGGAAUAAAAUAGAAAAAUAAAUCAAGGCACGCGUAGAAAAUAAAUUUCAGAAAAUACGAUGAUUAACAAAUAUCAAGUUUAAUACCAAGUUUUUUAAGAAAUUUCAAAGAAUCAUGAUUACGCAAUAUUGGUAGCGAUGAGACAGAUUGAUCUAUACUCCGCGUUUCACCCCGGCAUGGCAUUUUAUUAGCAGGUAUCAAUAGUAACAAUCGAGACGGUCGCCGAGCCGAUAAGACUUUGUUCCUGUUGGCCUGGUUUUACAUUCGCAAACAAUCCCAGACGAUUCUGCGACAGCGCUAUUUUCGCAUUGCACAGGGUGUCCUAUUGUAAUCCACACAACGAAAUAUUUCAAAAACCAAACAAGAUACGAACUUUCUUUUAUGCGUUGCCUGUCGUCGAGACUGUAUUUUAUAUAGUAUGAUUAACGUUUACUUAAGUAGAGCCGUUCUUCGAGAUUAUUGAUUCUAUAUCGCGUAAGAUUCAACAAAAUAAAAAAUUGAUUUAAUUCAAUCAAUGAAAACAAAAUCUAUCUGUAUUCUUAAACACUAACAUUCUUCAAAAAUUUCAAAGAUUUUAUUUUUAUUCGACUGGCCUGUGAAAACACGAAAAUAGAAACGUUCACUUUCAUCUAGUAAAUAAGACAUUAAAAUUAUCAAUUACAUUAAAAAACAUGCACUUGAAAUCAAAAUGAUACACCCUGUACAUUUUUCCCGAGGAUGAAUGAGGCGGCAGACGGACAAAGUCGCUGUUAUUACGGCCUCUUGUUUCUGAUAACGACAAUGCGUGUUAUGCCUCGCGUAUACAACUAGUAAACGCAUCUCGACGACGAGACGAGUUUCUAUUUUUGACACGACGGAUUAAUUGCUCAAUACGGAUAUACACUGCAUCGAACGGACAUUCGGACCUUAUCUGCUUCGUCUGAUGCAACCGCUUCGUAUUGCGUUCAUUUUCUCAAGCGAACUUUCCACCUACACGAAGAAAAGACAAGACGCGGCCGAUAACGCUCACCGUGAAAAUGCCAAAAUAUAUGCAUAAGAAUGCAUGAAUAGGCGCUACGGCGUCAGAGCGAUAGAUACAGUCCGCGAUACGGCAACUAUGACGCGUGAGGCGCAGGAUUUCCAGCGAAGUUCGCCUGUUGUCCAGUCGUCCUGAAGGGACAACUCGAAUGCCGUGAGAGGGUGGGAGUUCCUAUAUUAAAUCAUGGCGAGGCUUCUACUGAAAGCCAGUCGCACGCGGAGCGUUGGGACACAUGUGAAGGAUCUUCUUCUUCGUGAUUCACGCGGUGGUCGCGCGAAAGGGUACUAGAUUUUUUCCGCAUUCCAUCCGCGUUAAGUGGUAUCCGAACGUGAUUCAUUGAUCCUUAUAAUCUUCAUUCGUAUCAAGCGGGCUGGAGGUAGCUGUUUCAAAAGAGGAACUCGAAGAUCGAUCUAAUUGUUCAUAGUAAGCUGUCCGGCGGAAAAAAAAACCGGGUUCUGAAAGAGAAUGAAGCUGACCGGAUUGAAAUUAGUGUUGUGCUUGUUUGCGACGCUGUUACUUGCGAUGGCUACUUUUGGAUAUCCCGCCAGCAACAGCGAAGCACUGUACAAUUUGCAGGCGAUCGAGAACAUGAGACAGAUUCCACAAUGGCAUUGUCUUCGCUAUAGGAAGUUCGAUUUUGUCCGACGCUGUCGGAAUUACCGUUUAGGAAGAAGACACUGACAAAUGGAUGUUCAAUACGAUCCACGAUUGGCAGCUAAAGUGUUAUACGCCAAGUUUCGUCGUCCUAUCGUGCAGAACACGCCGUUUCAAGUUCUUCAGCUAAAUAAGCUUAAGCAUCUUUAAAUUCAUAGAGUCUAUAGUUUUAGAGACUACAUAACAUCCAUAUUCCAUAUAAAUCCAUAUAAAUGCAUUUAUGCUAGAAUAGAUUAUAUUAGAAUGUCGUUUAAACGAGAACAUCCGCAUUCAGCGGGACCAACAAUCAUGACAAAUGAUAUUCUACUCGUUGUUACUUAAUUGUCAUUAACAAAUUUUUAUCUUUAUCUAUCUGUAACUUUCAAGUUUUCAAUAUAAAGGAAUUUACUGCCUCAUCUA